AUGGACAUGUCGACCGUGAAGAUGAUCUUAGCGCUUGCGGCAAUAUGGUGUGUCCCAGCAAAGCAUGGCGAUAUCCCCAACGCGUAUGCCAAGGCUGACAAGGAAGCGCACUUGGAUAUACUACUCCAGGUGCCGCAAGCAAUGACAAUCGAUCAAGACGCGCUCAAGAUGGUAGGCGCAGCGAAAAAGAAGGAAGUAGUGCUGCAGCUACGAAAGAGCCUUUACAGCCUCAAGCAGGCUGUCCAACUCUAA